AUGGAGAAAAUUACCGAUCUCCCCGGCGACAUCAUCGAGGUGGACCUGACUGCCUCCGCAUGGUUGCCACCCGCUACCAACCACCAGACGACUGCAACCCGUCAAACGACCAACGACAAGGCGGCAGCUGACGAGGCCUCGAACCCUACCACCCCAACCAGGAACCCGGCCAGCCGGCGGGCGCAGAGAUCGAAGCUGAAGGCUGUCCACGCCGCCGGAGCAGACCGAGAGGAGGAACAGCGGACCCAUGCCGCCGGCGAGCAACGGCGUCCCCGGGCGAUCGAGCUCUUCCACCUGCCAACUACCUGCGGGCACAAAGACGACGAAAUGGAGAGCCAAAACCACGUGCCUCCCUCAUCUCACCACAUUGUGUCGACUUUGGGAAGUUUCUCGAGAACACAACCAUUCGACACUGCGAUGGGAAAGCUGCACCCGCUCGCCGUCGACAUCCUGGUCCGUCCAACAUCCGACGGCAAGUCGAGACACUCCUCCACGCAGCCGGGUGGAGGAGAUCCGACAUAUGGCUCCGUCGCGAAGCUCGUCAAGAAAGUCGGACGCAGGACCAAGGGCAAGGACAAGGGCGAGGCCAAGCCACAAUCGAUCGCGAGCAUAUCACGCAUCGACAAAUACCCACCUCUGCUAUUGACUACGGCUGACGGCGUGCUUCAAUACCGCUCCACUGCAAACACGGCAAUCAUGUUCAACUUUCUGAGUUAUUCCAAUGGAAGGACAUCAUUCUUGAUCGAUCUUGGGGCUACUAAAGCCAUGCAGAAGCAUAUUGUUCGACAGCAACAAGUCCUUCUUCAGUCCAUCAAGUGGCUGUAA